AUGGUACAAGGCAAUGAUACCUCAAUUUCAGAAUUUAUUCUCCUGGGAGUUUCAGAAGAACCAGAAUUGCAGCCCCUCAUAUUUGGACUGUUCCUCUCCAUGUACCUGAUCACUGUGUUGGGAAACCUGCUCAUCAUCCUGGCUGUCAUCUCAGACUCCCACCUCCACACACCCAUGUACUUCUUCCUCUCCAACCUGUCCUUGGUAGACAUCUGCUUCACCUCCACCACUGUCCCAAAGAUGCUGAUGAACAUCCAGACACGAAGCAAAGUCAUCACCUAUGAAGGCUGCAUCACACAGAUAUAUUUUUUCAUACUCUUUGCAGUGACGGACAACUUCCUCUUGACAGUGAUGGCCUAUGAUCGUUUUGUGGCCAUCUGCCACCCCCUGCACUACACAGUAAUUAUGAACCCCCGGCUCUGUGGACUGCUGGUUUUGCUGUCCUGGAUCUUGAGUGCCCUGUAUGCCUUGUUACAAAAUUUAAUGGUGUUGAGACUAUCCUUCUGUACAUGCUUGGAAGUGCCUCACUUUUUCUGUGAAAUCAAUCAGAUUGUCCAACUUGCCUGUUCUGACACCUUUCUUAAUACCAUGUUGAUGUAUUUUGGAAUUGUGCUGCUGGGUGGUGGUCCCCUUGUUUGUAUCAUAUACUCUUACUCUAAGAUCGUGUCCUCCAUACGAGGAAUCUCAUCAUCUCAGGGGAAGUAUAAAGCAUUUUCUACGUGUGCCUCUCACCUCUCAGUUGUCUCCUUAUUUUAUGGUACAAUCCUAGGAGUGUAUCUCAGCUCUGCUGCUACCCAAAGCUCACGCUCAAGUGCAACAGCCUCAGUGAUGUAUGCCCUGGUCACACCCAUGCUCAAUCCUUUCAUUUACAGUCUGAAGAACAAAGACAUAAAGGAGGCUCUGAAAAGAUUUGUUGGCAUGACAGGCAUAAAAGGUCCAGUUGUGCUAGGGAUGAGGAAGUGCCCAUGA